GUCAUGUAGACGUCAACCACUUUUGAUAAACAAAAAUUUCAACUUUUAGUGCAAUACAAUCGGUUGCAACCAUUUCUAUUCCAAAAGAAGCCUGAUUUUCGGUUUUCUAACAAUUGUAUUGUUUCGAGUAUAAAGUUAAUUUAAAUCGACAAGAAAAAUGAUGGUAGAAGCAGAAGAAGCUACGAAGAGGUUAAAUGUGACCAAGCAAACACUGGAUGAUGCCUAUGCACCAACUAAUUUUCUGGAAAUUGAUGUUGUUAAUCCGAGUACGACAGUGAUCCAGGGCAAGAAACGCUACACCGAUUAUGAAAUCCGAAUGCGAACAAAUUUGCCGGUGUUCAAGGUAAAGGAAAGUUCGGUGCGAAGACGUUUCAGUGAUUUUGAGUGGCUUAGAAACGAAUUGGAACGAGAUAGCAAAAUUGUUGUACCGUCACUGCCGUCGAAGGCAUGGAAACGGCAGAUUCCGUUCCGCAAUGACGACGGCCUGUUUGAUGAAAGUUUCAUCGAAGAAAGACGAAAGGGAUUGGAAAGUUUCAUCAACAAAAUUGCCGGUCAUCCGCUGGCGCAAAAUGAACGAAGCUUACACAUGUUCUUGCAGGAACCAACAAUUGAUAAAAAUUAUGUGCCGGGAAAAAUACGCAACACAUGAAAUGUAUUUUCGUUUACUUAUCUCAUAAAUUUUGGUUGGAACAAAAGCGAGCGAGUUACUGAAUUUAAAUUAAAGUUUUUUUUUUUUGCAUGGAUUGUUAAAGUGAAGAUGAAACUGUUUUUGCUUGAUGUGUAAGUUUUUUGAGAAAAUUGCGAACAUUAUAUAACUUAUGAACUUUUGAAAUUUUAAUUUU